AAUGACGGGUGUCGGGGCAAACCAAGGGCCUGUGUUCCGAUUGGUUAAAGCCCAGAGGCCUCUGCCAACAAAGGGCGCGCUGGUUGGUAGAGGGGGACCAAUGAGAAGUCGCGGCACUGGCGUCAAGUGCACGCGCAGAAGCCACGCGCUGUCGGGGACAUCUGGUACUUCCACCCGGGGUGAGGGCAGCGGUGUCCCGAAGGCCUCACUGUUCCUGUCGCGUGGCCCGCUCCGCCGGGCUUGGCAGGACUCGGCUCUCCCGUUCUGCCGUUACCAGGACGACCGUCUCCCCGCAGCCCAGGCUGCCCAGACUGGCGCCAUGAGCUCCUCCGACAAGGUAGCCGUUUGUGGGGCCAGUUUCGGCCUGGAGGGUGGCAAGCAGGCUGGCUCCUGCAUGGCCAGCCCCGGAGCCCCACGGGGCCAGGGCCACGGCCUCGAUUUGGGGGCGCCAGGCAGCCGCGAGGGCGAGAGCAGGUUCACAGAUCCGGAGGGCUUCAGCUUCGAGUCUGAGAGCGAAUUGAUAGAGCCGGGAAAGGUGGUGCUCUGGGGCCGGGAAGGCCGGCCUGGCACCCCAGUCGACGACCAAGGGGACGAUGUGGACUACUCGUCCUCCCUGGCUGACGAACCAGCCACCAUCGUGCCACCAGCCCAGCGUCCAGAAGGUGCCCCUGCCGAAGGGUCGGCUGACAACUGGGCGGACCUGGAGUGCAUCCGGCUGCAGAGGGAAAUUGAGGACCUUACACAGCAGCUAGUGCCCGGUUCUGCCUCUCUGUUUCAGCGGCCAUGCAGUUCUUCAAUGACAAGUUCCAGGACCUUUGAAGUUGGAGCCAGCGUCCGGAGCUGCAGCCAAGCGAGUUUCCUCCUUAUCCUCCUUAGCCAGGGCUUUUUCUCUUCCGCUGCAUUUGCCCCCUUCCCAACGCAGUUCAAAGCAGUGUGAAAUAAAGUCGUUCUCAUAUUC